AAGACGGGUUGCGUUGACGUGGAGCGGGAAAUGAGCGGAUCACCAACUCCAAAAAGGCAGCGUUUCACUCAGCCAGCAACGAAUGCAGCCGGCGUUGCAACCGUGGCAUCCUCGUUUCAGACAGGCAGUGCAGUCCAUGACAACUUCAUGUCAGGCUUGGAAAAAGAGGAGCCAGCAGAGGUCACGCCGAAUGCACGCGAACAGAUCGAUGAAAAAAUUGAUGCUACAGCUGGUCGCAAAGUUCCACCACUUCGAAUAUCGUUACCGCGUACGCCGAGCGAAGAUGGUGCAACAGUAGUGAAUGCAACGGAUGACACGGCAUCAGCUGCAGCGAAUGCUGGCCGACGAACUACCAGAGGUGCCAAGGGACACUCAAAGAAGAACCAAAGCCCUGAUGAAAGUGCGAGCAAGAUAUGCGAUGAGAGCAUACAGCGAGUUACAAGGUUGGCGUUGGCGAAUACAUGUUUAAAUAUAAGGAAACCGGAAAAAUGA